AACCCACCCUAGACAUUUCAGAUUUUUGUAUAUGAGACUACGGGACCGUGGGCAAUCACCCCAUCUUUGGCUGGGUAUGCGAGGCCAUCCUCCUCUCCUAUUGGACUGUGCUGCACAGCCAAGUUGUCAGCCCAUGUGGCGUGGCUUCAGAGCAUGUCAGCCAUUUAAAUUAAGCAGUGAAAGAACCAAAUCAGCAAGACAAAUUUUGAGGUGUAGGAUUAGUUCUGUCAAGGAAAGGCUACAGUGAAAUCAAGUGACAGAGCUAAAGUAAAAAGUGAAGACAGGAUUAUUCCUGUUCUCAUCAACUCGCUUCAAUAACGUUACAGUUUCUGCAGGAGAGGAUAUUUCAAGAUCUGUCAAGUGCCGUUAACUCUUCACAGCACUUUUUGACACCAUGGAGGAUAUCGUCAUAGCCGGGAUCUCAGGGCGACUUCCUGAAUCCAACAAUUUAGAAGAAUUCUGGGAGAACCUUUUUAAUUGUGUCGAUAUGGUUACAGAGGAUGACCGACGGUGGAAGCCAGGUGUAUAUGGGCUGCCCCGCCGAAAUGGCAAACUGAAAGAGAUUGACAGGUUUGAUGCUGCUUUCUUCGGUGUGCACCCUAAGCAGGCCCACACUAUGGAUCCUCAGCUCCGACUCAUGCUAGAAAUCGCAUAUGAAGCCAUCGUUGAUGGAGGUAUAAACCCCUUGACGAUGCGUGGCUCUAAGACUGGAGUAUAUAUCGGUGUCAGCGGCUCCGAGGCUGGCGAGGCUUUUAGUAGAGAUCCAGAGGAGUUGCUGGGAUACAGCAUGACUGGUUGCCAACGUGCCAUGUUUGCGAAUCGUAUUUCCUACUUUUUUGACUUCAAUGGUCCCAGUACAGCCAUUGACACAGCCUGCUCUUCAAGUCUCCUGGCUCUGGAGAAUGCUUUUAAUGCCAUACGCCAUGGCCACUGUGAGGCUGCACUGGUAGGCGGAGUCAACCUGCUCCUGAAGCCCAACACCUCAGUGCAGUUCAUGAAGCUAGGCAUGCUAAGUCCAGAGGGAACCUGCAAGUCAUUUGACUCCUCAGGAAAUGGUUACUGCCGGUCUGAAGCUGCUGUUGCGGUGCUGUUGACUAAGCGGUCUGCUGCCAAGAGAGUCUAUGCUACGGUGCUCAAUGCAGGAAACAACACUGAUGGCUACAAAGAGCAAGGUGUAACCUUCCCCUCAGGAGAGAUGCAACAGCGUCUGGUUCGAUCCCUCUAUCAGGAGGCCGGCGUCUCCCUAGAGCAGGUGGAGUACAUCGAGGCCCAUGGCACUGGCACCAAGGUGGGUGACCCUCAAGAGGUGAACGGUAUUGUGGGUGUCUUCUGCCAGGAGGAGCGUAAGCCUUUGCUGAUCGGCUCUACCAAAUCCAACAUGGGUCACCCAGAGCCUGCCUCUGGUUUGGCUGCUCUUGCCAAGGUGGUCUUGUCUCUGGAGCAUGGCAUGUGGGCUCCAAACAUCCAUUACCAGAAUCCCAACCCAGACAUCCCAGCGCUGGUGGAUGGGCGUUUACAAGUGGUGACUACGCCUACUCCCACAAGUGGUGGCAUUGUGGGCAUAAACUCCUUCGGCUUUGGUGGAUCCAACGUGCAUAUAAUCUUGCAACCCCCUACGUCCAGGAUCUCACCUACAUCCAAAAUGGAGUCCCAGUCCACCCAGCUGCCAAAACUGGUGCAGGUAUGUGGCCGCACUGAAAAAGCUGUGGAUGAACUUCUCCUCCAGGCCAAAAAAUGCGCUGACGACCACAGUUUCUUGAACCUGUUGAAUGAGGUGUCAGGCAUGCCAACGGCCAGCAUGCCUUACAGGGGCUAUGCACUCACUGGAACAGAAACGGAUAGCCGCGAGAUAAACCAGCCCUCACCUGCACCACGACCCCUCUGGUAUAUUUGCUCAGGCAUGGGCACCCAGUGGGCAGGUAUGGGCCGUAGCCUGAUGCAGCUCCCGGGGUUCAGGGAGUCCAUCCAGCGCUCCGACGUGGCCCUGAAGGACACCGGUCUGUGUAUCUCAAAGCUGCUCAUGGAGUCUGACGAGACCACCUUUGAGGACACCGUCCAUGCUUUCGUGGGCCUGGCAGCUAUUCAGAUUGCCCAGAUUGACAUGCUGAAGAACAUGGGCCUUCAGCCAGAUGGGAUCGUAGGGCACUCUGUAGGGGAGCUGGCCUGUGGAUAUGCUGACGGCUCGCUGAGUCACACCGAGGCCAUACUAGCUGCUUACUGGAGGGGGCGCUGCAUCAAGGAAGCCAACCUCCCCCCCGGAGGCAUGGCUGCUGUUGGUCUCACAUGGGAAGAGUGUAAGGCCCAGUGUCCACAAGGCGUGGUCCCUGCGUGCCACAACGCUGAGGACACAGUCACCAUCUCAGGGCCUCAGGAGGCCGUCAGUAAGUUUGUAGCAGAGCUGAAGGAGAGUGGUGUUUUUGCCAAAGAGGUGCGGAGUGCUGGGGUGGCCUUCCACUCUUACUACAUGGCCUCCAUCGCACCCAACCUCCUGGCUGCUCUGCAGAGGGUUAUUAAGAGCCCUAAGCCCCGCUCGCCCCGCUGGAUCAGCACCUCUAUCCCUAAAGAAGAUUGGGAGAGCCCCCUGGCACUCUACUCCUCUGCCGAGUACCAUGUCAACAACCUGGUGAGCCCGGUGCUCUUCCAGGAGGCCCUGGGGUCCGUUCCAGACAACGCUGUGUUGGUGGAAAUAGCGCCUCAUGCUCUUCUCCAGGCCAUCCUCAAACGCAGCCUCAAGCCUACUUGUGCCAUUCUUCCCCUGAUGAAGAGAGGCCAUGCAAACAACCUGGAGUUCUUCUUGUCUCAUAUCGGCAAAGUCUACAUGCACGGCAUCAAUUUGGACAGCAACAAGCUGUUCCCAGCCCUGGAAUACCCAGUUCCCGCAGGGACUACUCAGAUCUCCCCAUAUAUCUCAUGGGACCAUUCCCAAGUGUGGGAUGUGCCCAAGGCUGAAGACUUCCCCUGUGGAUCUGGAGGCCCCUCCUCCGCUGUAGUCUACAACAUUGAUCUGAACCCUGAGUCUCCAGACGCCUAUCUGGAGGGCCACUGCAUUGAUGGCCGUGUUCUUUACCCCGCCACGGGCUACCUGGCGCUGGCCUGGAGAACCCUGAUCAGGAGCUUGGGCACAGUGAUGGAGCAGACACCCGUGAUCUUCCAGGAUGUCACCAUUCACAACGCCACCAUCCUGCCUAAGGAGGGCUCCGUCCAGCUGGAGGUGAGGCUGAUGCCUGUGACCAAUCGCUUCGAGGUGUCUGAGAACGGCACCCUGGCUGUCAGCGGCAAAAUCAGUCUUCUUGAGGAUGCUGCGUUGGACUACUUCCACUCCCAGCUGGAUCAGGCCGUGAACACUGGGAAGCAGGAGCCCAAACUCAAGUCUGGGGACAUCUAUAAAGAGCUGCGGCUGCGUGGUUAUGACUACCGCGGAACCUUCCGGGGCAUCUUGGAGUCUAACGGUGCCGGUGACCAGGGGAAAUUGGAAUGGACCGGGAACUGGGUGACCUUUCUGGACACCAUGUUGCAGAUGAUUGUAGUGGGUUUGUCUGGUCGCAGUCUCCGCCUGCCUACGCGAAUCCGCUCUGUCUAUCUGGACCCUACAUGGCACAAAAAGUCUGUGCAAGACUAUACAAAUGACAAGAAAGCUGUGGAUGUCUACGUCAAUCGCUGCCUGGACAACAUAACUGCAGGUGGGGUACAGAUCUGUGGUCUCCAUGCCACUGUGGCCCCCCGGCGCCAGCAGCAACAAAGAGCAGCAACACUGGAGGAGUUUGUGUUCGUUCCCUACUGCCAGACUGACUGCUUGGACACUGAUGAAACGCUCAGAGAGCAGAUGAAGGGCUGUAAAGUCCUUAUCAACCGUCUCCAAGGAAAGCUCCGCCAUCAGGGUGUGAAGAUCUCCAUCCCAGGCCUGGAGGAUGUCAGUGAGGCUGGUCUGAAUGACACGCAGGUGGACGAGGGGUUGCUAAGGCUGCUGUCAGAACUGUGUGGUCUGGAGCUGAAUGGCAACCUGCAGUCUGAGCUGGAGCUGACUGUAGAAAAGGAACGCAACUGCCUGCUCACUGACCCUCUGCUUAAUGGCCUGCUGGACUCCCAGACGCUGAGACACUGUCUGGACACAGUCCUGGAGAACAGCACACCUGGAAGAGUUAAAGUCAUUGAGGUGAUGUCCGGUGAGGGUGGCAUCUUCUCUCGUGCUGUGGACCUCCUGAACAUCCAGCCCAUGCUGCAGGUGGACUACAUCGCCUCAGAUGCGUCCGCUGAUCUGCUGGCUCCUCUCCAGGGCUCCUUGGAUGAGAUUGGGGUUUCCUCCGCUGUGUGGGACCCCACAAAGGGUGCUGCCACUGGGGCUCUGACGAAGGCUGAUGUAGUCAUCUACAACUGUGUCUUGAGCGAUAUUUCUUCAGUGGAAAUGAUGGACAACCUAGCUUCAGCUGCCAGAGAUGGGGGAUUUGUGUUACUGCACACCCUACUGAAGGGAGACACACUGGGAGACACACUGGCCUUCCUCACCUCUCAAAAAGACCAGAAGGGUCUACUGACACAGGCUGAAUGGGAGAAAUUGAUUGAUCAGGCUUCUCUGAAUGUCGUCGCUAUGAAGAAGUCCUUCUACGGCACAGUUAUGUUCCUGUGUCGCAAGCGGACCUCUAGCAAGCAGCCUGUUUUCCUGUCUGUGGAUAACAUGGAUUACAAAUGGGUGGAGACUCUACAGAGUACAUUGGCUCAGACCUCAGAUGAUACUCUGUGGCUCACUGCCACCCAGAGCCACAAUGGUGUCGUUGGUAUGGUCAACUGCCUCAGACAAGAACCAGGUGGCAACCGCAUCAGGUGCGCGUUUGUGUCGAACCUCAGUGAAUCUUCCACCACCCCCUCCCUCCUGCCCACCACCAAAGAGAUGCAGGGGGUGAUGGAGAGAGACCUGGCCAUGAACGUGUCUCGGGACGGAGUCUGGGGGGCCUUCAGACACCAGCUCAUCCCACAAAAGCUGGAGGUGGAGCAGACGGAGCAGGCCUAUGUCAAUGUGCUGACCCGUGGAGACCUGUCAUCUCUGCGCUGGAUCACCUCACCACUGCGAUACUUCGUGCCCUCCGACCCCAAUGUGCAGUUAUGUCAAGUGUUCUACGCCUCCCUCAACUUCCGGGACAUCAUGUUGGCGACAGGGAAACUGCCCCCAGAUGCCAUCCCUGGUGACCUGGCCCUUCAGCAGUGCAUGCUUGGAAUGGAGUUCUCUGGGCAGGACCCCAGUGGCCGUCGUGUGAUGGGCCUUCUGCCCGCUAAAGGCCUGGCCACAUGUGUGGAUGCAGACACACGCUUCCUGUGGGACGUGCCGUCUCCCUGGACCCUGGAGCAGGCCGCCUCCGUGCCUGUGGUGUAUGCCACUGCAUACUACGCCCUUGUGGUCCGCGGCCGCCUGCGCAUUGGAGAAAGUGUGCUCAUCCACUCCGGCUCGGGUGGGGUGGGCCAGGCUGCUAUUGCUAUCGCCCUUAGCAUGCAGUGCCAGGUCUACACGACCGUGGGCUCUGGAGAGAAGCGUAGAUACUUGCAGGAGCGAUUCCCCCAACUCAGCGCUACAUCCUUUGCCAACUCAAGAGAUGCUUCAUUUGAGCAACACGUCCUACAGCAGACACAGGGGAAAGGUGUGGACGUAGUUCUUAAUUCUCUAGCAGAAGAAAAGCUACAAGCGAGUCUGCGUUGUUUGGCACGACACGGCCGUUUCUUAGAAAUCGGAAAAUAUGACCUGUCAAACAACACCCCACUCGGCAUGGCUCUAUUCUUGAGGAAUGUUUCCUUCCACGGGAUCCUGCUGGACGCCCUGUUUGAGGAGGGCAACCGUGAGUGGGUAGAGGUGUCUCAGCUCCUGAGGGAGGGCAUCCAAGAGGGAACGGUCCAACCGUUGCGUACCACCAUCUUUCAGAGGAGUGAGGUGGAGGAUGCCUUCCGCUACAUGGCCCAGGGCAAGCACAUCGGGAAGGUCCUCCUCCAGGUGCGCUCUGAGGACAAGAAGAGUGGUGUCACUCCUCUCUCCGUUCCUGCCAUCUGCCGCACAUUCUUCCCAUCAUCCUCUUCCUACAUCAUCACUGGUGGCCUUGGGGGCUUUGGCCUCGAGCUGGCCCAUUGGCUGACCGAGAGAGGGGCCCGCAGACUGGUGUUGACCUCACGCUCCGGAAUCCGCAACGGAUACCAAGCUAAGAGGGUUCAGGAAUGGCAGGCCAUGGGUGUCAAGGUGUUGGUUUCCACUUGUGAUGUCAGCACACUGGAAGGGGCGGAGCAGCUCAUCACUGAAGCCUCCAAGCUUGGACCUGUAGGAGGGGUCUUUCACCUUGCUAUGGUUCUGAAAGAUGGCAUGUUGGAGAAUCUCUCUCCACAGCAUUUCCUAGAUGUCAACAAACCAAAAUACAAUGGAACAAUCCACCUUGACAGGGUGACCAGACAGCAGUGUCCAGAUCUGAAGCAGUUUGUGGCCUUCUCCUCUGUUAGCUGCGGCCGCGGUAAUGCUGGCCAGAGCAACUAUGGUUUUGCCAAUUCUGCAAUGGAACGUGUCUGUGAACGCCGGCGUCAUGAUGGCCUACCUGCCCUGGCCAUCCAGUGGGGUGCCAUUGGAGAUGUUGGCGUUGUUCUAGAGACAAUGGGUGGCAAUGACACAGUUAUUGGUGGCACCCUCCCUCAGCGUAUCUCUUCCUGUAUGGAGGUACUGGAUAGUUUAUUGUGCCAGUCUAGGCCUGUGAUGUCUAGUUUUGUGAUGGUAGACAAAGUGAUUGCGGUAAAAGGAGAUACUGGUGGGCAGAAGGACCUGGUGGAAGCAGUGGCUCAUAUACUGGGUGUGCGUGAUGUGAGCACUCUGAAUGCCGACGCCUCCCUGGCGGAUCUUGGACUGGAUUCACUCAUGGGUGUGGAGGUGCGGCAGACACUGGAGCGUGACUAUGACAUUGUCAUGGCGAUGCGAGAGAUCCGUCUGCUUACCAUCAACAAGUUAAAGGAGCUUUCUUCUCAGCCAGGGGACAAGGAAGAGUCUCGGACGCAGUCCUCCAAGAAGUCUGGCCCACGGGCCCUACUGGAGUCAGAUCUCAGUCUGAUGUUGGUCAACCCAGAUGGGCCCACGGUCACCCCGCUCAAUGAGGUCAAGAGCACGGAGAGGCCCCUCUUCCUGGUCCAUCCCAUUGAGGGUUCCGUUUCUGCAUUACGCACCCUCACCAGCAAGCUCAAUGUGCCCUGCUACGGCUUGCAGUGUACCAAAGCUGCCCCGCUGGACAGCAUUCACAGCAUGGCUGCGUAUUACAUGGAGUGCGUGCAGAAGGUGCAGCCGGAGGGGCCUUACCGUAUUGCCGGCUAUUCCUUUGGUGCCUGUGUGGCCUUUGAGAUGUCCUCUCAACUUCAAGUAGCUGGCUACCCAGUUGAGCACCUGUUCUUGUUCGACGGCUCCCACUCUUAUGUGGCAGCUUACACUCAGAGUUACAGAGCAAAGCUGACCCCAGGCAACGAGUCUGAGGCUGAAACAGAGGCCCUCUGUGCCUUCAUCCAGCAGUUCACAGGAAUCGAGUACAACAAGCUGCUUGAGACUCUUCUCCCGCUGCCAGACUUGGAGGCCAGAGUAAAUGUGGCUGUGGACCUCAUCACCUCCGGCCACAAGAACAUCAGCCGCCCCUCACUACACUUUGCUGCUUCCACCUUCUACCAAAAGUUGAAAGCGGCAGACAGCUAUGUCCCCGCCAACAUGUACCAUGGCAGCAUCACCCUGCUGAAGGCCAAGACCAGUAGUGAUUACGGAGAGGGCCUUGGGGCAGACUACAAACUCCAUGAGGUCUGCGAUGGGAAAGUGUCUGUUCAUGUCAUUGAAGGCGACCACCGCACAUUCCUGGAAGGUGAAGGCGUGGAGACCAUCAGUGGUGUUCUCCACAGCUCAUUGGCUGAAUCCCAGGGCUGACCCAGUGGCUUAUGUGUCACUUUCCUCCUCAUUCCAGCAUGCUUCCUAUUCCAUCACCUUGUGAUAUCAACUCUGCUCCCUAACAUUCUCUUUCUGUUUGUAACCAAAAACUCAUCUCUGCGGCUUCUAUACUGAUUCUCUUCAACUGUUCAAAGAAGGAUUUGGAUAGUUUUGCUCAAUUUGGUGUUUGCAUUGUUGGUCCCUCGAUUUAUCAUUUAGUUUUAUUUUGAUUUAAUCCAAUGUACAUGUAUUCACUGCCGUCUUGCACAAAUGGAAUAUGACAUCAUGUCAGCAUAUUGAACUGCAUAUACCAUCAACUGUAGAAGAUUAAUUUGUCUCUUGGAAAGGGAUCCAUAACAGUCUAAAAAAUAAUCUUCAGUAGGUGGUAUUAUUCAAAGUUACAUGCCCACAUCCUUAUUGGAUCAUGUUGUUAUUGUCAGUGAAUCAAAUUCAUCUUUGUGCUUUUAAAAUCAUGUUAAUUUUGUCUGGAGGAAGUUUACAUGCUAUAGUUUACAUGGUACAUGGUCAAAAGUAACAGUUAAGGAAUUAGGCGUUACCAUACGUGAGUUAAGAAUCAUUAUUUUUAAGGUAUAUUUUGGUCUGUUACAUGUAUAAGUAUGAAGAUAAACAAUGCUGCUUUAAACUGCUUAUCUGACUAAUCAAUAAGAUCAUUUGUAAUAUGUUUUGCAUAGUGGGAUUAUCCAAAAUGGACCAAAAUGGCAUCCAGCUGUGAACUUUUAUUUUUUUGGUUGCGGGUGGGGUAAUGGAUUAGCACUACGCUCUGUCAAAAUCCUAGAAAUGUGUGAGCACCAUAUUUGACCUUUCAUGGUUGAAUGCAACAAAGUGGGGUCAGAAACUUGAGAUACUACAUUCUUGCUCUUUCUGAGACUUCUUGUCAAGUCUAUGACGAAUGCAUCAUCCUCUGCUUUAGUGUUGUGAGUGGCUGCGCAAGUGGUCAAACUGGUUUUUCGUUUAUUUUUGUUUUUUUUAUUGUAAUUUUCCAAGUAUUUAUUGUGCUAGUCCCAAUAAAAUGGUACCACUAACAAUUUAA